AUGGAUUCUGCAGAGCUAAUGGAGAAAACCAAAAAGGCCAUACGGGCCUUGCUGAUCUCGGCACCCAGAGGAGUGCCUGCAAGGUUGUUCCUAGUCGACUACAGGAAAGUUAUGGGAAAAGAGUUGCCAUUUCGUAACCUUGGCUUUAGAAAUGUGGAUGAUUUUAUUCGUGGCAUUCCGGACGUGCUCAGAAUAGGGAUGGGGGCAACUGGUGAGCCUACGUUGUUCCCCGUGGUUACGGCUCAGACGUCACAGAUUGCUCGUUUUGUUGCAACGCAAAAGAAGCCGAAAUUGAAGAGAUCGUACAUGCCACCGUCGACAAUGGCUCCCAGCCGCUCAGUGAAGAUGUCUGGCUUCUCCAACAAGUCUAGUUCGUACGGUCGGUCGAGGACAAGGAGCAACACGAGGAGUUUCCACCAACCAAGAUAUUUACUGAACCCUCCUGUCCAACCAUACCUCUCACGAGGGUACACCCAACCGCCCCCUCAACAUAGAGGGAGGUUGGGCUCCACCCCCGGCCCCUCAUAUAACUCAGCAGCGGUACCUAGAUCUGAUUCCAGGUCUUUAAUUGGCAACCACGUCUACGCAUACGCACCGCCCACCCACAGAGGAAGGAUAAGCUCCACCCCCUCUUAUACCUCGGCAGUGAACGAGACAACGGUGGGGCUUGGAUCUAUCAGCAUUGAGCCCAGGUCUCCAGUUGGAGGUCCCAUGUGGAAGGAUGAGUACAGCAGAGCUAAGUAUCUCAGUGUCAAUGAUAUGAGGGUCGUCCAGAGGACACUAGCCUAUGAUCUCUUACGUACCGAAGGCUAUGUAUGUACUCCCUAUCGGAUUGAUAAAGUGGGUGAUGGAAUCAAGUAUCUUCUAUAUUCUGACCUGUCAUCGUCUGAAACCCCAUCUGAUGGUAGAGGAGUAUUCCCUGCUGUGAUGCUCUACUUCAGAGCAAACAUUUGGAAUAAACGAGAACACCCAGAGUUGGCUACGAUAAAACCUGCCACCAAGUUGCUGGUCUAUGGGAAGCCUUUCAAGCAGAUAUCAGCCAAGAAUGGGAGGGAAGAACCAGCCAUGAUGGUGGUUUACUAUGAAGUGGUGUCUGCAUUAUCAAAAGGAGGCGCUUUAUCUUUCCCACCAUUGCGUAGUGACAAUGUGCCCUCGUCAGUCCAGCUCAGUAGACAAGUGAGGACCACGGCCAGUGUGUCCUCCCCAACUAGCAGUCAAUGGACCUCUUGUCCUAGCAUCCCUCCUGUUGGUCUUGUGAGUAGUUCACUCAAGCAGGCAAUCCUCAUGACACUAGAGCCACAUAGCGAAGUGCGAGAAACACAACUGGAGACCUUGUUCACUGAAAAGACUGGGAAGGAUCCUCCAAACAGAUUUUUGGAAAUAGCACAAAGUCUGCCUGAAGUCGUGUGUAGAAGAGAUGCCGAGGGGCUAGUCUAUUCCCUCAAGCAGUCUAGUCAGAGGCCUGCUGACUCAGCACGCCCCGACACAUCACCGGCUGGUUUUGUGAGCGGUUCUCUCAAACAGAAGAUUUUUAAACUACUCAAGGAGAAACCUAAUGGAUUAUACGUGAGACACCUUCGCAUGGUGUUUGAAGACAAGUACAAGAGUGAGGCUCCAAUGAAUUUGGCAGAGAUUAUCAAGAGCUUGGACUUUAUCGAUUAUGAUGGAAGCAGUAACCCAGAACACCCGAUGGUGUACCUCAAGACUGAUGCCUCCACACCCACUGAGCCCACUCCACCCGCCUCACCUUUGACCCUUGUCCUGCCAAGCAGUGUGGAGUUCGACAUUGACACAGAGAUUUUUGACGUUACGAUAACAUUUGUCAAUAGUGUCACUAGUUUCUAUGUCCAGAUGAUCGGGAGUGACUACUCAGACAAGUUUGCGGAGAUGAUGCAGAAAAUGAACGCCUAUUUGGGAAAGCACGCCCAAAAACUAAAGCAUCCAGUGGCGGUGGACGAUAUGUACGGCUUCCUGUGGGACGACGGUGGCGGUGACAAGUUAUGGUGUCGGGCAGUGGUGGGCUCGCUGAGUGAUAACAAGGCCCAGGUGCUCUUCCCGGAUUAUGGCAACGGUGACCUGGUGGAUGUGCACGCCCUCAGGGAACUACCACCUCCCUUUUACCAACUCCCAUUUCAGGCUGUUCAGUGCUGUCUCCACGAUCUCAUUGAUAAUGAUGAGAUCAACUCACAAUUCAAUGAGCUGAUCAGUGGGGCCAGCUACACAGCACAGGUCAUGGACAGGUCUGGCUCCAGGGUGUCGGUGGAGCUGAUGGACUCUGACCCUGCCGUGCACGAGACCAUCAACAGCAUCCUCCUCAGAGCCACCCACCCUAUCUCAACAUUAGAGCCACACCUACCAGAGCUCGGGGAGCCGAUGGUGCCUGUGGAGCUAACAGAUAUAGACCUGGAGGGUGUGAUAGCACUCCAGGUGCAGGGCCCAGGGCUCAACCAACUACAGCAGCUCAUGGCCAUCAUCAACAAUGUCUACCUGGACAAGGAGGCAGGGCCGAACGACAAGGUCACGGAGGUCAAAAAGGGGUCGCUGUAUUGUGCUCAGUAUGAUGACAAGUGGUAUCGGGUGGAGGUCACAAAGGUCAUCAGCUUGAAGGAGGUGACUGUACACUAUGUGGACUAUGGCAAUGAGGAUGACUUACUGACUAAUGACCUGAGGGCACCUGUCAAGGAUGAGCUGUUCUCACUGCCCUUUCAGGCUGUGAAAUGCACCCUCGCCGGGUUACCCCCAGAGGGGGGCAAGUGGACAGAGGCGGCCAUCAAUCACGUCUGGGAUAAGGAAGAGAACCUCAAUGUGUCUGUGGUGCAGAGUGGGUCUGGAGGGACUCUCCCCAGUGUCACCCUCACACUGUGUGCUGAUGGGGAGGAGCUCAAUCUCAACCACUGGCUCGCUGAACAACCCGACUUGUUCUUCGAUCGGGAAGAGCCGUUAGAGUCACAGUUGACUGAACUCGAGUGUGUAACCAGUUGCCCAGUCAGCACAUCAGAUGGCACGCUGUUCUCCCCCCACACUCCACAGAGCACCCCCUCACCAGCCACACCCGUCACGUCCCCACCACCUGAGCUGCCCACUAUGCCAUGUGCCAGUUUAACCCUCAGUGAGCUGUCACAGGUGAUGCUAUCAUGGACUGAGUCUCCCAGCAACUUUGUAGUCCAGCUCUCUGAAAAUCUUGCGCCUCUAGAAUCGAUGAUGACAUCACUGAACAAAGCCCUGGCUAGUUCGAGUGCCCCACCCUCCAGCCUGACGACUGGUCAGCUGUGCUGUGCCACCUGCUCCAUUGACGGGCGGUGGUAUAGAGCUGUCAUUGUCGACAUUGACUCUGCUAUUGCAACGGUGGAGUUUGUAGACUUCGGAGGCCAUGAGGAGGUGCUGUGCUCGUCACUGAGAGCCCUCCCCCCAUAUUUGAGUAGCUACCCUAUUCAAGGCAUCAAGUGCACACUCUAUGGUAUUAAGCCGAUCGAGGAACAGUGGAGUCCUGAGGCAAGCCGCUUCUUCAACGAUCAUGCUGAGAAGCAGUACUACGUGUUCUACAAGCAAAUAUCGGAUGAAAGAAGCUCAAUAUUAUUUUUUGCGGAGGGGGAUGUUCAAAUUAGUCAGAAGAUGAUUGACAAAGGAUUUGCUUCAACAACAUUGAAGUGAAGUGAACAUUGACUGUGGUUGUCUCAUUUGUUUGUCAUUACUGUUGACAUCAAUACAACGUGUUUUUUUAUCAUUUAUAAUACUCUCAUCGAAUUUGGCAUCGGUAUACAAAUUUGAUAUUAUUCUGACAUAAA